AUGAAUUAGAAUUGCAAUAUUCCUGAUCAUGAGACAGAUGUGGAAUUCCUUUGCACAAAUGAAUAAUGCAAAGAUUUUAGAGUAUUUUGUUUUAAGUGUUUACAGAAUGAAAAACAUAAUACUCAUAUAAAAGAUGUUUAGAAGAUAAAAGACUUUGGAAGAUAAUAAAUAAAUAAAAGUGAUGAAGAUUUAAUUUUUGAUUUAGAGAAAAUGAUUGAUCACAUUUAUUAAUUGUUUUUUACACUAAAGGAAGAAUUAAAAUUUGGUUGUUAGAUAAGUGAGGAAGAGUUAAACGGAUUGAAUUUAAAUCAAUUGAAUGAUUUACUUUGCUCAAAAAUAAAGUUUCGAAAAGAGAAACAAUCUCUAAUAUCAAUGAUUUCCAAGAGUGCAGAAUAUAUGAUAGAGACUAUCUAUACUGGUCUUAAUGAAUUCUCAUAACAAUAGUUUGAUCGUCCAGUCAAAAAAGUUAAAUAGGAGAUGAAAACUUUAAAAUAUGAAUUGAUUGAUACAAUCCAGGAUGAAUAAAUAAACUCAUUUGCUUUUAAUUAAGAUGCUUCUCUGAUGGUAGGAGGAUAUGAGUCAAGCAAAAUAUAAGUCUUUGAAUUUAAAAAAGGAUAAUUAAAGAUGAUAUAAUAGCUGAAUUUUCACAAGAAAAGUAUCUAUUGUCAAUAUUUUAUGAAAAAAUCAGAUGGAUUUUUAUCUGGAAGUUGUGACAAGACUAUCUCUAUUUGUUAUCUAAACGAUAAUUAAAAAUGGGAUAUAAAACAAAGAUUAGAAGGUCAUUAAGGAGGAAUAAAUUGUUUAUUGAUGAAUCGAAAUGAAGAUCUUUUAAUAUCAAGUAGUGAUGAUAUGCUUAUCAAAUUUUGGAUAAAAGAUAAUGAUUUAUGGGAAUGUUCUUAAACAAUAGGAGGACAUUCUAGUUUUGUAAGUUCUAUAAGUUUAAAUACAACAGAAAAUCAAUUAGUUUCUUGUUCAAAAGACAGUUAAAUAUUAAUCCAUUAAUAUGAUUAAGAAUAGAAGAUGUGGAUGGUAUUUUAAAUAAUAAAAAUUAAAUAAUGGGGCAGAAGAUUAUGUUUCAUUAAUGACUAAAUCUUAGUUUUUCAACCUGAAAAGAGGGAAUAAAUGCAUAUUUAUCAGUUAGAUAGCAUUGAUAAAUAUUUCGUCAAAACUAAAGAGGUCAUAGUUGGAGUUGGAAGUGAAAGAAAAAAGAAUAGGGGUUGUUUUUGGUUCUUUCCUUAAUAGUAUGUCUAAUAAAAAUAGAUAGUAUUAAAUAAAAAUGGAUGUUGUGUUAAUUUAAUCAAGAAAGUUGAAAAUGAUGAAUUUGCUACUAUCUAGUCAAUAGAUUUCUAAACUAAAGUUAUAUUUGGAAGGAUGACAGAUGAUGGAGAAUACUUAAUCACUUGGGAUGAUAGAUCAGGUUCUAUUUAAAUUAGAAAAUAUGUAGAUUGA